GGGCGGGGGGGGGGGGGGGGGAGGGGCGGUCCACCACGCCCGGGAACCCUUUGUGCGCCCAUCAGAGAGUGCCGCCUCUCCCGGGCAAUGGUGACUCACAAAGCCGGCCCACGCCGGGCAGAGGAUGCCUCCCCUGGCCCAGGUCAUAAAGGCCAAGCCCUGAGGAGGCAUGUCCCGAGGCGGCCCCGCGCGCGCCCGCCCCUUCCGCUGCCCUCCGGGCCGGACCUAGGCCUCCCACUGCAAGCGCGAUCCGGCCAGCGACUGGGCCUUAGGGCUCUCUGUCGGGGCCCAGCGCCCCGGCGCCCAUGUGCGUGGUCUGCUUCGUGAAGGCGCAGGUGCACUUGUUCAAGAUCUACCUGAUGGCAAACUACGCCUACAACUUCCGCGGCUGGCCUGUGGACUUCCGCUGGGACGACGUGCGCGCCGCCGCCGGGGGCCGCAGCGGUCACCGGGCGCUGACGUGCGCGGCGGCCGCGGCGGGCGCGUGGCUGCUGUGGGGCGCGGCGCUGGGCGAAGACGCGCAGGGGCGGCCGUCCCGCGGGGCGCGCAGCCAGGCGCAGUGCCUCCUGCAGCAGAUCCGUGAGCUGCCCGGCCAGCUCGCCAGCUACGCGCUGGCCCACUCAAUGGGCCGCUGGCUCGUGUACCCCGGCUCCAUGUUCCUGAUGACGCGCGCGCUGCUGCCGCUGCUGCAGCAGGGCCAGGAGCGCCUGGUGGACCGCUACCGCGGCCGGCGCGCCAAGCUGGUGGCCUGCGACAGCAACGAGAUCGACACCAUGUUCAUGGACGGCCGCCAGCGCCCGGGCAGCCAUGGCCGCGGCCGGCGCCUCGUCAUCUGCUGCGAGGGCAACGCCGGCUUCUACGAGAUGGGCUGUCUGUUGGCGCCGCUGGAGGCCGGCUAUUCGGUGUUGGGCUGGAACCACCCAGGCUUCGGGGGCAGCACGGGCGCGCCGUUCCCUCAGCACGACGCCAACGCCAUGGAUGUGGUGGUCAAGUACGCGCUGCACCGCCUGCGCUUCCAGCCCGCGCAUGUGGUGGUCUACGGCUGGUCCAUCGGCGGCUUCACAGCCACGUGGGCCACCAUGACGUACCCGGAGCUGGGCGCGCUGGUGCUCGAUGCCACCUUUGACGACCUCGUGCCGCUGGCGCUGAAGGUCAUGCCCCACAGCUGGAAGGGACUGGUGGUGCGCACGGUGCGCGAGCACUUCAACCUCAACGUGGCCGAGCAGUUGUGCCGCUACCCCGGGCCGGUGCUACUACUCCGGCGCACGCUGGACGACGUGGUGAGCACCUCGGGCCACCUGCGCCCCCUGCCGUCGGGCGACGUGGAGGGCCACCGCGGCAACGAGCUGCUCCUGCGCCUGCUGCAGCACCGCUACCCAGCCGUGAUGGCGCGCGAGGGCCUCGCUGUCGUGACCCGAUGGCUGCGUGCCGGCAGCCUAGCGCAGGAGGCCGCCUUCUACGCGCGCUACCGCGUGGGCGACGAGUGGUGCCUAGCCCUGCUGCGCUCCUACCGCGCGCGCUGCGAGGACCGGCAGGAGGACGAGGAGGCCUGGGGCCCGCACGGGCUCGCUUUCCCCUGGCUAGUGGGCCAGGGCCUGAGCCGGCGGCGGCGCCGGCAGCUCGCGCUGUUCCUGGCUCGCCAGCACCUCAAGAACGUGGAGGCGACCCACUGCAGUCCGCUGGAACCCGAGGACUUCCAGUUGCCCUGGAGGCUGUAGACCGUGCUUCUGCGUGUCCCUUCUCCCACCCCCCACCCCAAAGCAGUAAAGCUGGCCCUGCCCGGGA